UGGAGGGGAGAGCGAGGGAGAGAGUGGGAGUUUCUAAGUGGGAACAGAGCUUUUACUGUUUCAUAUUACAGAGAAAAGAGGAGAAGAGUUAAUGGUGGGUAAGGGCUCUGGUGGGUUGUUCAGCCAGCCUCUGUUUUGAAUGUAGUUGCUUGUGAAAGUACUGUGCAGUUGUCUGGGUUUAUGGAUUCGCUGACUGUGGAAAAUGUACUUCUCUGUAGUGGUCCUUGUCCUGACUAAGACUCUGGUCACAGAAGUAUGUCACACCCUGAACGUGACAGUAACCCCCGGGCCUUUGGUAUUAGUCGCAGAGAAAGAAAACCUGACUUUGUCCUGUCUGGUGUCUGAAAGAAAGUGGAGCAGCAGUGUUCUCAUUCUUCGCUGGAUCUUCUCUCCUUUGACCCAUCCAACUCUCAGACCUCUUGUUCCCACCACCUCCCCCACCGCACUCUCACCCUCCCAGUUUCUUAUUGUGAGGAUAGGUAUAAAGAAAAUACAGCAGUAUGGGAACUACAGCCGCUGCUUCACCCAGCUGAAGUUUCACUUGUUUGAUGAUGCGGCGGGAGAGGUGUACCGGUUGUUCAUUGCCAAUGUCACAGGGAUGGAUCAAGGCUUUUACAGCUGCAGAGUUCAGGAGAUCCGAAAAUACAGAAACACAUGGAGAUCCUCCUCCAAUGGCACCAGCACCACACAACUGGCAGUGCACUUUACUCCCGAGCAUGGCAGCAGUGAGGGGCUUUGGAUUCUAUUUGCAGAUGUGUAUUUGUGUGCUGUAUUGAUCUGCUCCCUGGGCCUGCUGUCCAUCUUCUUGUUCUCCCUCGUCUUAACGUGCCAGUACUUUCACAGGCGACACAGGCUCAAAGCCAGUUAUCUUUUCGUCAAAUGUCCAGAAAGCAGCUCUGGAGAGACAGUUACGAGCUCCAGCAGCUGCUCCAGUUCUCCUCCCAGAACACAAAGAAAAGAGACAAGAUACCAGGUUGAGAGAGGACCAACAGUGACACCACCAAAACUACCUGAAUCGCCACUGUUUCAGCCACCAGUCAGAGUGCCUGUUGCAGCAAAGAGACCUCAGAAGCCCAGAAGGUUGAAGACUCAGCCAAGGAGAUCUGCCACCUCUCGCGUAUCACAAGAAGACAGCCUGACGUAUGCAGAGCUGGAGUUGGUCCGACCGAGGCAGGAGCCACCAGCCUCCUCCAGCCCUGACGCCACACCCUCCAGCCCUGACACUGUGUAUGCUCAGAUCCUCUUCCAGGAAGAAAAGCUAUAGACCUGGCAGCUCAGUACCUCCUGGUGAGGGCAGAGGUCCAGUUCUCCACCCUAAGCUGAACUAAGCAGCAUCUAAAGGAACAUAUUUAUGAACUAUGAGUAUGAUAUUUAGCUCUUUUGAUGGAAGAUGCGCCAUUUGUGGAUAAGUGAGGAGUCUGAAGAUUGCUCUGUGCAGGUGAAGUCCUGCACAACUUUUUUUGGAAGUCCUUUGCUUUUUGAGAGCAUUUCCGGCCUGUGAGCCUGUUGUUUAUAGCCCUGAUCAUACUGUUAACUAUUCUCCAUAAACCUACGAGACUGUGUAGAAAUAAACUUAUGUCCAGGAUUUUUUUACCGCCGCAUCAUGUCACUUUAACAAUAAGCUUUUUAGGCAAAUUUAUUAUUACUGUAUUAAAACUCUAUAUUGAUAAAUAUGCUGUGGUAUGAAAUCCUUAAUUUAUAUAAGUACAGACAAUAAUAGAAAUAGCAUUAGGUAAACAAAACUCCAACAUCACCUUCCUAUGCUUCUGAUAAUGUAACUGAAUUAUUUUGGUCAAGCCAAGAACUUCUGCUGGAUGAUAGUCUCUGGUGCCUGGUCCUGUUUCCUGAAGGUGUUGUUAUAGGGUUGAUUACAGGUGCAACCAGGGCUUGACAUAAACUUUUUUGCUCACCAGCCAAUGUGGCUAUUGGUUUUCCAAAGUUACUAGCCAGCAUUUUCACCAGCCACAAUUUUGUUGUUGGGAAUUUAUGUUUAAUAUGAUUAAAGCUGACUAUAGCAUGCUAAAGUUUACUUGAACUAAAUUUACAUGCUUUGUUUUAGGGCUGCAUGAUUUAAAGAAAACAUUGAUAUGCCAUAAAACUGGUGAAUGUUCCAAAAAAAUAAAAUAAAAAUUGUUAAUGUCUACUGGCUUUGGAUUCACAGCAAACAUGGACCCAGAUAAUACGUGGUCUACCUAAUGAGAAAAAACAUACAAUUUUUUAUCUCAAGAACAAAGUUUAUUUAAAAAGGUUGCUUCUGGUCAGAGUCUGCUGUUUUGGUUUUGUAACAGCUGAUGCCUUCCAGUUCUUUUUAUGAAGCAUUAAACAACUACUGUUUGCGAUUAUAUGUUGCAGGUUUGGAUAGCCUGCGCAGUGAUAUUCCAGUUAUGAAAAAUUUGCAAUACAUUGUCAGCCUAAUUUUUCUCACAUUUAGAUCUACCUAAUGCGAUUUAAGAUAUGCCAACAUACAUGGUAAGAUAAGAAACGGUGUGUAAGCAACUUAAAGAAUUAGAAAUUAUUGCAAUUGUUACUCUGCAAAGAUAAUUAUUGUUGGAUAUUUUUAUUUUGGCUGUGGGAAACAAGGAAACCUGCUAUAUGUUAUAUAUAAGGAUCUUCAUCAGUAUUUUCAUCUUAUCCAUGCCAAAGAAAAGGUAAAGAUCACUUUUUUUGGUCAUUUUAUGGAAAAUCUUUAAUAAAAUGUCAGAAACAAGUCUGA